GACGGUCUGUGUCCGUGAAGGGCAUGAAGAAGACAGACAGUUUUGUUCUGUUUUUUUAAUCUUUACGCUAACUAGAAUAAAAGCGAACACCUAUAACCCCCGUGGCCUGUGAGCAUCUGCCUAUGAGAGACAUCUGAAGACGCUACAGACUCGGGUCGGGUUGUGCGGUCUGGUCCGGACUAGAUGCCUGACUUCAGGAUCUCAGGGUCGCAGAUUUGCCACGUUGUUCAGAAUGAACUCUGAUCAUCCACCAGGAGGAGGCGCUGGUCCAGGGUCCAAGGGUCCUGGUUACCGGGGCAACAGGUCUUCUGGGCCGGGCCGUCUGCAGUGAGUUUCAGACUGGUGGGUGGAUGGUCAUCGGCACCGGAUACAGGAGAGCCAGACCUCGCUUCCUGCGCUGCGAUCUGACUGAUGAGGACGCUGUCAGGAGACUUCUCCAUGAGUACAAGCCUGAUGUGAUCGUUCAUUGUGCAGCAGAAAGGCGUCCAGAUGUUGUGGAGAGACACACCGAAGCAGCAGUCAGUCUGAAUGUGCAUGCCACAAGCACACUCGCAAAAGAGGCAGGUGUGUGUGGAGCUCUGCUGCUCUACAUCAGCACCGACUACGUGUUUGAUGGGAGGAAUCCUCCGUAUGGAGAAGAUGACUCCCCCAAUCCACUCAACGUGUACGGAAGAAGCAAACUAGAGGGAGAGAGAGAAGUUCAGAGACACUGUCCAGGUGCCCUGAUUCUUCGUGUUCCCGUUCUGUUCGGGGAGGUGGAGUCAGUGACAGAGAGUGCGGUGACGGCGCUGUGGCUGACAGUUCUGGAGGCCACGGAGGAGAGCUACACAUUGGACCACUGCCUCCAGAGGUUCCCCACUAACACUCGAGAUGUGGCUGCUGUCUGCAGGAAGCUGGCUGAGAGAGCCAGACAGGACCCGUCUAUCAGAGGAGUCUUCCACUUCUCAGGUAAAGAGCAGAUGACCAAAUAUGAGAUGGCUGUUGCCAUGGCGCAGGCCUUCAACCUGCCAUCCAACCACCUGAUACCUAUGACAGAGCAACCGCCCCCCUCGACUCCUCGUCCAAUGAACAGCCAGUUAAACUGUUCUCGUCUGGAGCUGUUGAACCUCAGCGUUGAGCAGCGACCAUUCGCUUCUGCCAUCGGCGACUGUCUCUGGCCGUUCACCCCCGACAAACGCUGGAGACAGACUGUCUUCCACUGACUGCAGGGGCUGGACCAGGAAUGGACAGCAGACACAGGACAAAUGUGGGACGGAUGGGGCGGCGGAGGA